CAACUCUCUCCAAGCGCAACCCCGCGCACCACCACCAUGACUUCCAACAUCCUCCAGAUCCCUUUCCGCCGCUCGCACACGGUUUCCCUCUCCACGGCGCUAACCCAGUACAUCUCCUCCAAAUAUGACCAGCGCCCGGAUAUGUUCGCAGACGACCUGCUGCUCAUCGACCGUCUACGAAGCGAAGCGAUCAACGUCCAGGAACCACAUAUUAGCGGGGUAACCAGGUUGGUUACCUAUGCUGCGCAGCUCAAGUGGCUUGCAGGGAAGUUUCCGGUCGAUGUCGGGGUGGAAUUCCCCUGGUAUCCGGCUUUUGGGUUCAAUACAUCACGACCUGACUCGCAGAACAACAUCCGCUUCGAACUCGCAAACAUCAUCUUCAACCUCGCCACCCUCUACUCUCAACUCGCCUUCGCCGUAAACCGCACAACUUCCGACGGACUAAAACAGGCAUGCAACUACUUUUGCCAAUCCGCCGGCGUCCUCCGGCACCUCCGCACCGACAUCAUCCCCGACAUGCGCUCGACACCGCCGGAGGACAUGGACGAGAUGACACUGCAGAGUCUGGAGGAGCUGCUGCUCGCACAGGCACAGGAGUGCUUCUGGCAAAAGGCUGUAAAAGAUGGGCUGAAGGAUGCGUCGAUCGCACGGCUCGCGGCUCAAGUAUCUGAUUUUUACGCGGAGGCGUGCGAGCAUGCGGUCAAGUCGAAUGCGAUCAGUCCCGAGUGGAUCCAUCAUAUGACGGCGAAGCAGCAUCAUUUCGCCGCUGCAGCGCAGUACCGGCAGUCGCUGGAUUGCUUGGAAAAGCGCAAGUAUGGUGAAGAAGUCGCGAGGCUGCGGGACGCGGUGGCUUGUGUGAAUGAGGCGUUGAAAGAGAGCCGGUGGAUCAAUCGGACUGUGCUCGGGGAUUUGAACGGGCUGAAGAAUAAGGUUUCGGAAGACUUGAAACGCGCGGAGAAGGAUAACGAUCUGAUCUACCUGAAUCCUGUGCCGGACAAGUCGGAGCUGAAGCUGAUUGACCGAGCGAGUAUGGUCGCUGCAAAGGCGCCGCCGCAGGUCACGGAUGCGAUCUCGAUGCUUGGUGACAAGGGGGCUCUGGGACAGCCGCUGUUCUCGAAGCUUGUCCCGUAUGCUGUGCAUAUUGCGGCGAGCAUCUACUCGGAUAGACGGGAUCGGCUCGUCAACGAGCAGGUCAUUGGCGAACUGGAAACUAUGACUGACAAACUGCGCGAUUUACUAUCCUCCCUCAACCUCCCAGGCUCCCUGCAAGCCCUCGAGAAACCCCUCGGUCUCCCGCCAACUCUUGUCUCGCACGCUGAAGAGAUGCGCCAGCAAGACGGGCUCUACCGCCUCCGCAAAUCCCUGCAGGACAUUGCCAAGGUCAAAGACAGCGACAGGGCCGCCUACACAGAAGGCGUGGAACUACUCGCCGCCGAAAAGGCCGAAGACGACGCAUCACGUCGGAAAUUCGGCACAGACCGUUGGACCCGCGAGCCGUCCCAAACAGCAGCAGCAAAGCUGUAUACAACGUCCCGUGAAAUUGAUGGCUACUUUACCUCUGCGCAGAGCAGCGACAACCUCGUUGAGCAGAAGCUCCAAGACUCCGAGGCUGUGUUCCGCGUACUAACUGGAACAAACCGCGACCUCGAAACAUACGUGCCCAGCAGUCGCCGCGCAACAAUCCCACCCGAAGUCGAGCACGAGGUCAGCCGGCUCCGCGGCUGCAUCAGCGAAGUGAAUCGCUUGGAAAGCCGCCGCAAGCGCAAAGCACAAGCCGUAAAAGACAAAGCACGCGCCGACGACAUCAGCCACGCUCUCGUCCGUGAAGCCGCACGACUAGAGCGGGAAUUCCCCAUGCAAGUCAUCCAGGCAAGUCAAUUCGAAGACCUCUUCGAGUCGCGACUGCAGGACUACAACCUCGAUCUGGAAAUGGUCCUCGCAGAGCAGCGCGAGCAGGACCAGAUUGCUGCACAGGUGCGCGAGGCGAAUCGGGCGUUUACGCGCGCACAUACGGGCGAUGCGUCGACGAAGGAGCGUGAGAAGGCGCUGCAGGAGCUCGAGAAUGGGUAUCUGAAGUAUAAGGAGAUUAUCUCGAACAUCGAGGUUGGGCGCAAGUUCUAUAAUGAUCUCGCGAAGAUUGUGGGCAGGUUUAGGGAUGAUUGUAAGGCGUUUGUUCAGAAGAGGCGAAUGGAGGCUGGGCAGCUUGAGCAGGACAUUUCCAGCGCAGCCGCAAUGGCAUCGUUAAACAUCUCGCCAAUUCGCCAGGCGCCUCCACCUCAACCACAGCCUCAGCCAGCACAAAUUCCUAUCCAGCAACACCACCAGCAACACCACCACCAACCGGCAGCCCCAGUCCAAGUCCAGGCCCCCGCACAACCAACACCUCAAUUCCAGCAACCAGUCCCACAGUUCCAGCAGCAACCACCACAAGCACAAUACCAACAACCUCAGCCGGUACCACAACCGCCCUCCCGCGAUCUAGAACCGCUUACAGCGCCCCAACCAACUCGCAGCGUCCCGCAGAUGACGCCCGGUAUGUGGUCGCCGGAGAUGGGAAUUCGGUUCGGCGGUGGUGCGCCGGGGGGACUUUCGCAUUCGCAGGGCCAUGCGCAGCAGCAGACGUGGGAUCCGUCGAAAGGGGUUAAGUUCUCAUGAUCGGACUUACCUGACGUUUUGGAUAGUUGAUUUUCAUGCAUAUCAAGAUGAACGUGCUGUUCUAUCAUAGCGAGAUUUCUUUCCGCUUGUUUUGUUUCUUCCUGGUGCAUAUCAUAGCAUACAAUGUUUAUAGAUAUCUCUCUAUAUACAAAUGUUUUCACCGUGCGCCCGGAAUAUAUACUCCAACAACAUCGGAACACAAUAUGGGAUAUAUGUAUACAAGAAACGUACUACUCAACAUACACCACCCAGAAAAAACACCGUUCAAUCCAAUCCAAAGCCAAAAAAAAAAAGGAAGCCUAAACCCUCCUCAUAACCGCCGCCCCCUCCGCCGCAGCCUCCCUCGCCUCAACAUUCAGGUCCUCCCGCAAGGACAAAUACUGCAACCGCGCCAUCCACGUCUCCCACUCGUCGACGAUUCCUCCUCGCCCUGCCCCUGUCCGUGUCCCAGCGCGGCUCCGCUGUAAUUCUUCUUGUUUUUCUUGUUCAUGUACACGCGCAAAUAACUCCUCACCCAUGAUGAUCAUCCACAGCGCCACGGCGGAUAUACUCUCGGAACCCGCGUCGCCGAACCAGGGUGUGCUUUUGCUUUCCCCCGAACCCGCCUCAUACCGUCCAGGUCCUGUGGAUGAGUGUGCUUGCGAGUGAGAGCGUAUCGAACCCCCAUGCUGCGACAACGUAUCCCGCACCAUCUCAAUCGCAAUCCGCUCUCCGACGCCGGGCGAAAGGAGGAGAUUCUCUUUCGUCAAGAAUGCGAGGAAGGAGAUUAGGUUGUUGAAUUGUCUUGCUGGGCCGGAUGUGCUGCUGCUUCGUCUGUGGUGUGUCGUCGUCCCCAGGGAUGAUGCGGGCUUCGAGGCUGAUGCGGGGGUGGAUUCGAAGGGGGACGUUGAAAGCGAUUCAUCGCUGGCGGACUGGCGCCGGCGCUGGCGCUGUUCAGUGACGAGGUCCUGUCUUCCCUCUUUCGUCGUAGUAGGUGGUGGCGGGAAGGAAGGAAACGAUGCGCGGAUUAUAUCCUUGACCAGCUUGUACUCCUCCUCCUCCUCCUCCGCUGCAUCCUCCCCAUUCCCUUUCCCACCCCCACGGCCAGGACCGAAUGCCCCCUCCCCAGCAUCGAGAUCAAUCCCAUAGCCUCUCCCAUCCGUACCGGCACCGCUUCCAGCACUUCCACCCCGUCUCCCACCUACCUGCCCCGGAUUCUGCAAAGCCCUCACAAAGUCCAAAAGCCUCUCCUGCGCCGGGCUCGGGCGAUCAGGCGUCGGACUCGUCGGGUGCGUGUCGAUUUCGCGGGGGAGGGAUUUUGCCUCGGAGAGGAUCGAGAGGAGGAGGUCUUUCUUGGAGGUGGUGUGUGUUGUUACUGUUCUUCUUGGUGAGUUUCGGUUUGAUCAUGGACUUCAGGGGGGAAGAAGGGCUUAGGAAUAGAAAAGACGCAGGUUGGGGGAAGGGGGGGGGGAGCGGACC